AUGAUUGACUCUUCAAUCCUCCCACUCAAAGAGCUCAGAGUCAACUUACAAAUGAGCCCGCGGUUCGUGGAACACUGUGAGAUAUCUCGAAAACUGAUCAUUAUCGAUCACGAGAUAAAUGAUGAUGCACUUCCACUCAUUUUGAGAAUUCUUGCCGAGCCAGAAAUCAAGAGUGUGGUAUUGGAAGGAGCACCUGAAAACAAUGAUGGACGGAACUUUGUUCAGCAAUGGGUCAAGACAAAUCGAGAAAUUGGAAACAGUUUGGACAUGUGUCUUCCAGCUGAACGGAGUGCUUGGUGGUUAUCCGAUGGAACACUUGGCUUUUUGAAAGAGAGCAACGGAUUGUGA